UAUCAGGCGGUCUCGGCGGAUUUGGACGAAUAGACGCGAGCAGAACCAUUGAGAGAGAGAGCAGCAAUGACGGCUGAACCGCUUCGGUCGGUCUCGGCUCCGGCCCCCAACUCGAUGGAGGACACCUCUCUGGUGCUGCCGUCCGACAGAAAACAGUGCACCGGACAGCAGCGGGUCCGGGAGCAGGUGAAAUCCAUUAGGAGAAGCAAGUCUGUCAAGAAUGACUCCGUUACGUCAACAACAAGUCCGGUGUCAGCGACAGAAUACAGUGAGCCUAAAUUCCAGUUCUCUCCGACAAAACUGAACGCCACCCUUUUCAAAGUGGGCAGCUCCAACAUGAGCACAAGACAGAACAGAAUGACUGUUCGCAGCGUAUCAAUGCACAACACCGUGAGAAGAAAGACCCAGAGCACCAGACAGUAUGACUCUCAAAUUAACUGGGUUUCAAAGUCCGCAUACAGUGGCGUGAAGGCCAGUGACAGUGAAUUUGUUGUGGAUAGAUCAGGCACCCAGUUAACCAAGGAUGCCAUGCAGAGGUCUGCCACAAUGCGAGUUACUCGCACAAGUGUGGGGCAGAAGAAUAAUGGCCAGUCACAAAUGAAGAAUGACACCAUGAGCAGAAGCAAAUCAGAACCGACAGGUAUGAAUGAAACCACAGGAUCUAUGCCUAACAUCACUCUGCAGGAUGCGGUGGAGUACCUGACAUGCAUGGACGUGAGCUAUCAGCUGUGUGGAGCUUCCUUCAUACAACACCACACCUUUACGGAAGACAAAGCCAAGCAGCAGGUUUGGCAGUUGGGAGGGAUUCCUGCUCUUAUUUACUUGCUGAAAGUUGAAAAUUCACAGCUGCAACAAACAGCAUCUGCUGCACUGCGCAACGUUGUUUAUAAGGAUUCCAAUAACAAGCUUCAGGUGGAAAGUUGUGGAGGAUUAGAACCCAUUUUGACCUUACUCAGAGACACCAACAUCACAGAAACCCAGAAACAACUCACUGGUCUGUUGUGGAAUUUGUCCUCGGCUGAUACUCUGAAGGCAAAGCUCAUCAGGUGUGCCCUUCCCCUACUUACAGAAAACAUUGUGAUGCCAUACACCUGCUGGACAGACAGCAACACCAGCAAACUCAUUGACCCAGAGGUCUUCUACAACACUACCGGCUGUUUACGAAACCUCAGCUAUGCUAAUGAGGAGCACAGGAGAUGUAUGCGAAAUUGCCCAGGACUGAUUGACUCGCUUAUGACACACGUUCAGUCUGAGGUGGAAAGUGGCCAGCCCGAUGACAAGUCAGUGGAAAACUGUGUCUGUAUAUUUCUUAACUUGAGCUAUCAGUUGGAGAAGGAGGCCCCUGACCACUUCAAACAGUUCCCAGUUGAGGCCCCGCAUGAGAAUACAAGCAAAAAGAGCAUCUUCAGCCCCAAGCGCACCAAGACACAAAAGAAGUUUAGCUUCCCAGAAAUAAUGGAGGGUGAGCCUGAAGGAGUAAGUUGGCUUUACCACACAAAGUCGCUGCAGUUAUACCUGUCUCUGCUGAGCUCUAGUCACAAAGAAGCCACUCUGGAGGCAUGCUGUGGAGCUCUACAAAACCUUACUUCUUCAAAAAGCCCGAUGUCCACUAUGAUGAGUCAGACCAUCAUUCAGAAGAUGAAUGGCCUCUCUGUCAUUUCCCCUCUCCUUAAAUCGGGAAACUCUGGCUUACAGAUGAUCGCCAUGUCCUUGGUGGGGAACAUGUCCAGGGUGUCAUUUCUGUUGGAAACUUUGGCCAAGGCAGUUCUCCCUGACGUCGCCUCUGUUCUCACAGCUGUGACCCCGAGCAUGGUUAAGUAUGAUCGCAGCAUCGCCACAGCGUGCAGAGUGAUGCACAAGCUCCUGUUGGCAGAGCCUCAGAGUGCUAAGAACGUGUUGAACACAAAACUCAUCGACUCGCUGACCACUCUGAGUGAAAGUAUGUCAUUUGAGACUGCCAGAAAUGCUGCAGGAGUUCUUCUCUACACUAUGUGGGGGCAAAAAGACAUUCAGAAUGUGUUGAAAAAGCAAGGGAUGAACAAGGACACAUUUAUUAAUGCAGUCACUACUACCUCUUACAAAUUUGCAUCAAGCAUGAAUGGACAUUGAAUGACAUGCAAAUGUGGUCUCCUGUAUUUUAGGAUACUCUCCUGUCUAUGUAUAUUGCAGACCAGGAAAAACCUGCAUAAAGUUGCUGAAAGGGACAUUUCACCCAAGAAAGAAAAUCCUGUCAUCAUUUAAAAGUGAAUGGUGACUAAGACUAAUAUCUCCUUUUGUGUUCCAUGCAAGAUAAACAAUAAUUUUCCCUUUAAUCCCUUUAAAUUAGCAAAUAGGAACAUUUAUGUCUGAACAGUACACAUUAUUGUGAUUCAUGGACAAGUUGUGUAAUCAAUAACCAGUCACAUGGUAAAAUCUUUUAUUUGCAUCAGUGGAUUACUGUUUGUGUAAAUGUAUUGCUAACAGAGGCCUGUUGAAUCCGCAGAUAUCCACAUUUACCAUGAGAAACAUACGCUUAAUCUUGCCAAACUUGCACUACUGGUCCUGCAGAGUAAUAAUUCCAUAAAAUAAUUAUUUUACCAAUGUUGCGAACAGUUUUAAAUGUAAUGUUAUAUUUCAAGGUGAUUUAAGCUUUUUGAUCUUGAUGCAAUGAGACGUUUACUUUAUGUACAUUUGGUAACUGUAUGUACCAUUUUAAAGUGUGUGAAUUGUACAUAUGCUGCUUUGGAUGCAGCUUUUGUGCCAUCUUUGCAGUGACUUUUAGGUUUUGGUACAUUUUAGUAGAGUUAACCGCAAUAAGACUUGUUUUCCAAAUAUAAAACAUUCUUACAUAAUAAUUAAGGGAAUAAUUGACCAAAAUAAAGGGAUCAUUCACUGUUACUGUAAUUGAAACCAGAAUCCAUUUAUACUCUCUUUAUUGAACUUUAUUGUCUUUAUUGAACCAUAGAUUGUGCCUUUUCUGUUUCCUAUUUGCUCAUAUAAUGAAUGCACUGUAUUUUGUGAAUAUUGUUUGUUAUGGGGUAAUUAAGUUUUACUUUGAAUGUAACAAUUUUUAUUGGAGAUAUUGUGAUGAAAUUCUACUUAUUUGGUUUGGCUUUAACAUGUUUACAAUAUUUCAGUGCAAAAAUAAAAUGUG